UUGUUUCUAAUUUCUUAUUAUAAAUUGUAAAGUCAGUUCUAAAUUCCUGUAAAAACAAGGUCAAUACAAAAAUCGGAAACAUGUCAAAAGUUAAUAAACCGUACUUUACCAAAGUCUGGGAUCUUGGCAAGUGGGAUUCGCGGGACAUAAAGCACUAUGGCUCAAUAAAGCGCAUCCAAAAACAGCUUCGAAUUGGAAACUGGGAAUAUCUCUGUCAACAUCCUGAGAUACGUGCCAUAAUUCGGGUUAUUCUGCACCAGGCACUCAAUGCGAAACCAAAACCAGAAAAUCUGCGAAAGUUUGUGGCGGAACUAUUCAACUGCAAUCGAAACCCUUUGCUAGUGCCUAUGAUAAACACCCAGCUCAAGUACGUUAAGGAUCAGCUGAGUCGAGGUCGAUGGAGCCAGUUCGAUGCUGAGAUGCUGUUCAUGGAUAGUCCUUCGACGCACUCGCUCCUUUCAACAACCUCCGAGGACAUCAAUGUGCAUCCCGUGCUCACCUAUGCCCUUGUCUUCAAAAAACCCGACGAGUGUGGCAUCGACAAGCCGCCAUUCUAGAACCGAAACAAGCUAGUGAAAGUGAACAUAUUUCUAACUCAGAAAAUUAUUUUUGAAGUGAUUUCGUUUUAAAAAAGAGAAGGUAUAAAAUUAAAUUGAGAAAGAUUUGUGGGGAAUAUUUUCAAAAAA